AAUAAAAAAAUAGUAAUAGUAGUAUUAGAAGAAGAAGAAGAAAUACCGCACACAAAUUUCAAUCCUAAAUCAACAAGGUAAGUACAUAUAUUCGUUCUAGUAAAUAAGAAAAAUAAAUAAUUAAGGCGUGCCCAACAUGGAAGUAUUGUGACACAUGCAAAAUCCUACCAUAUAUAUAUUUGCAUAUAUAUGGUAAAUUACCAAUUAAUAACUAUUUUAUUUACUAACUAGUUCAGGUCUCUAUCUCUGAAUCAUCUAUAUAAACACCAUCAACUUCUAUCAUAAUAAAUCAAAAAAAAAAAAAAAAAAGAGAGAAAAAAGAAAAAAACUAUAAUCAAUCACACGCCUGAAGGAUUAUUAAUCCAAACAAUCAUAAACACCAUGACAAGAAAUCCGAAGAACAAGAAAAGAAACACUAAAGCUGUUUCGAGUAUGUUCGAUAGUAUUCCCCAUGAAUUGGUUUCCGAAGUUUUAAGCCGAGUUGCAUCGUCUUCCAUCAAGGACAUCUUCAAUGCCAAAUUAAGGUACGUUAAUAUAAUUAACUUCAAGAAACAUGUUCUUGCAUGAUUAUGGUUUUACGACCGUUGAUUUAUUUUCGUUCGUUUCGUUUCUAUUCCCUGUUUUUUUUAUUUUAGAUGUUUAAAUUUUUUUUCGAUCUCAACCAAUUCUUUAUAAACUGAAAUUUUAAAUCCAGAUAUUAUGUGGGUUAUCGAGUUUUCGAUUAUUAAUUAUCAAUUAAUAUAAUCGUGAGCGAUGUGUGUUUGUGCUUGUAAUUAUCGUCUUCGAUACCUUAGAUACUUAAUUUUUCUAAACAUAAUUUUUUUUUGGCACAGCUGCAAGAUGUUGAAUGAAAUUGCCGAAGAUAUGUACGUGUAUCAACAUGUAUCGCUAGACGAGGUUCCAAUCAUACCAUGGAAACCUAUAAGCCAAGAACAAGUAACGUUCUUGAAUACGUGCCUACAAUCCGAAAACCCCGAGUCGUUGUAUAGACAAGCAGUUCUCGACUACUUCAACAAAACGAAUCUGGAAUCAACGUGCAUGCACUUACAGAAAGCGGUGAAAAACGGCCACACGGGCGCUCUGUACGUAACAUGCAUUGUUUUGCUCUUCAGUGGGGACGAAGAACUCAAGCAACAGGGCAUCAAGUUAUUGGGGAACAUGAAAAAGACGAACGGAUUGAGGAGAAGGCUUCGAAUUUGCCGCAAUAAUUUGAAUAGCAUUCUGAAGAUGAUUUGGGUGAAGAACCCGGUUUUGCUGGAGCCGCCGGUUUGCUGUACGUCCCGAGAUCAGCAUCACAAGAAAAGGAGAUGGUCUGAAGUAGAGGAAGAUGUCACGUGCGAGGCUUGUGUUGCUGAUCAAGAGAUUAAUUUACUUAGUAGUAGAUACAAUUUUGAUUAAUAAUUUGAUGUAUUAGCAUUAUUUGUGAGGUAGCUAGUGUUCAUUGUUCCAAUUGAUGAAUUCAAAACUUCAACUUUGUUAUCUUCUGAAUAACAAUAAAUUCACUUGAAAGAGCUAUGUAAUUCUUCCAUUGCAGUCUAUUUCCGAUUUCCCUCUGAUUCUCAUUGGAAAUUUUUCUACUUUGAAAUAAUAUUUUUUAUUCAAAUUUCUGUUUUUUCAUUCGAAAUUUUUCUACUUUGAAAUAAUAUUUUUUAUUCCAAUUUCUAUUUUUUCGAUAUUAUUUAGAUCGGAAUCAAAAUGCAUAUAAAAUUUCCAAUUUCGGAUCCAACUUUAAG